UGAACCAAAACUAUAGCAGAUUGAAGCCCUCUCUCUCUCUCUCUCUCUCUCUAUAUAUCUAUAUAUAUGAGCAAACGAAGUGGAUGCUGGGAAACCCUAGCCGCAUACAGAGAAUAAAGAGGAGUAGGAGAACCAAAGCAAUUGCUGCGAAAACCCCAAGCAUUUUCAGGGCAGAGGGGCUGUUGUUGGCAGCCAUUGAAAUCCGAAGGAACUGAAAGAUCAAUCAGAAAAAAUAUUCAGAAACAAGAAGUCACUCACCAAUCAGAAAAAAUAUUCCGAAAUUAUUUACUUGAUAUCAGAGUAGUUUAUGGAAGCAAUGGAUAGAGUGUAACAAUGGAGUGCAGCAAGUAAUGGAAAACAAUAGAGAGACAAAAAAAAAAGUGUGGAAUAGAAUCUCCCAUAAUAAACAGAGACUAGAUCACAUUCUUCAUCACUUUGUUUUCAUCAUUUUAAUGGGUUGAGACUCGAAAGGGCCGAGAGACAUGCCCCCUCAGUCUUCAGGUUGUUUACUUGGAAGUUUUGAUGGCAUGAGUGGAGUCGGAAAAAAAAUAAAAUAAGGAAACAUGUCGACAUUGAAGCAUUCAAGGCUCAACAUAGCUCUUUAGAGCAAUUUACAAACUGUGUGAUCCAAACGAUUUCAACAGGAGAGUUGUAUAUGAUUCUGUCCUACUCUAGGAAGACGGUCAAUCAGACGGGUGAUGGUCAUUUUUCACCAAUGGCUGCAUAUCACAAGGGCAGAGACAUGCUUUUGAUAUUGGAUGUUGCCCGCUACAAGUACCCUUUUCAUUGGUUGCCGCGGAUGACGGUUUGGGAUGCCAUGAACAAAAUCGACAAAGAAACCGAUGAAACACGAGGGAAACAUGUCGACAUUGAAGCAUUCAAGGCUCAACAUAGCUCUUUAGAGCAAUUUACAAACUGUGUGAUCCAAACGACUUCAACAGAAGAGUUGUAUAUGAUUCUGUCCUACUUUAGGAAGACGGUCAAUCAGACGGGUGAUGGUCAUUUUUCACCAAUGGCUGCAUAUCACAAGCGCAGAGACAUGCUUUUGAUAUUGGAUGUUGCUCGCUACAAGUACCCUUUUCAUUGGUUGCCGCGGAUGACGGUUUGGGAUGCCAUGAACAAAAUCGACAAAGAAACCGAUGAAACACGAGGGAAACAUGUCGACAUUGAAGCAUUCAAGACUCAACAUAGCUCUUUAGAGCAAUUUACAAACUGUGUGAUCCAAACGACUUCAACAGAAGAGUUGUAUAUGAUUCUGUCCUACUCUAGGAAGACGAUCAAUCAGACGGGCGAUGGUCAUUUUUCACCAAUGGCUGCAUAUCACAAGGGCAGAAACAUGCUUUUGAUAUUGGAUGUUGCCCGCUACAAGUACCCUUUUCAUUGGUUGCCGCGGAUGACGGUUUGGGAUGCCAUGAACAAAAUCGACAAAGAAACCGGCAGAGACAUGCUUUUGAUAUUGGAUGUUGCCCGCUACAAGUACCCUUUUCAUUGGUUGCCGCGGAUGACGGUUUGGGAUGCCAUGAACGAAAUCGACAAAGAAACCGAUGAAACACGAGGGUUUAUGAUGGUGAGGAAGAAAAUCUCAUGAGCCAUAGCCAUGCAGAGGUUGAUGAAAAGUUUAGAAGUAGAUACUAAGUAUAUAUAUAUACUAGCGGUUGGCACACGCGAUGCCUGUACAAUUCAAAUAAGUAAAAAUAAAAUAAAAUAUUUAUUAUAUAUAGUACGCUACUCAAGGGGUAAGGGACUUCUUCACUUGACAUAAGUUCAAGGUUCGGGUCCCUUUCUCUCAUCUAUCUAUCUAUCUAGUUUUUUUUUCUAUCUAUCUUUUUUUUUUUUUUAAAUAAAAAAGUGGACACAUGGUAGCAUAAAAAACCAAGGCUUUAAGACACCAUAAAGGGUGUUCACUUUAUAUAUAGUAUAGAUAUAUAUUGUUUGUUGGUAUUUUGAAAUUGUUAAAUGGUAUAUAGUUAAGAUUUUGUUCUGUUA